CUCCGCCAGCGCACCUUUCCUUCCUCACCGUCGUCGACCUCACGUCUACAAACCCGCCAAAAUGGAGAACGAAAAGGGAGAGAUCGUCGAUCUCUACGUGCCCCGCAAGUGCAGCGCCACCAACCGCAUCAUCAAGGCCAACGAUCACGCCUCCGUCCAGAUCGCCAUCGGCAAGGUCGACGAGAACGGUCGCUACACCGGCGAGAACCAGAACUACGCCAUGUGCGGCUUCAUCCGUGCCCGCGGCGAGAGCGACGACUCCCUGAACCGCCUGACCCAGCGUGACGGCUACAUCCGCAACGUCUGGACCGCCAGCCGCCAGCGGUAAAGAUUUUUUUCCUUAAUGAUCUUAUCGAUGAUGGAUGGGUGGUGUUUGGGGCGGUGGUCGGUUGAUUGAUGGGAAUGGUGUGCCGUGUGUGUGAUGGGUUUAUCUACCUCGGAGAAAAUUCCUUCAAUUCGAUCUCAAGUGAUAAAUGAAAUGAAUACAAAAAAUCAUAUCACACGUCCUUACUCUUCAUCGUCUUAUUAUUUCCCCCUCGCUAUCUAUCUAUCUAUCUGCCCAUGCAAUUUCCUUACGGUCUUCUCACGACUUCAUGACCCUGUAAUCCACCAGCCCAUCUCUUUCUCUUUCUCCUUUCCCCCGUCCUGGGUAUACACCAACCCAAGAAACAAAACUGUGCCCACUCCCCAUCGUAUACAUACAUAUAUAUACCCCUCCCUAUCCCCCCACAUCCCCCCCAAGGGGGCAAAAA